AUGACAAUUGUCACUACAUCGACCACAAUUCCACACGGAUUCAAGGCGUUGCCUCUUUCGAUCCUCCAGCUUUCUCUUCCUGCCGUCCUUAAAUGUGGUCAGUCUUUUCGAUGGCACUGUUUUGAGGAGCUUUCAGAAUACCGUCUGUGUCUGCACGAUCGCGUCGUUUGCCUGCGACAAACAGCAAAUCAUCUCUUCUAUCGUGCAUUAUUUCCCGACCCUCAACCGACCGAGGGACAACUUUCAACAAAAGAUAACGAGACCCUUGUCUGGUUAAGGGAUUACUUUCAGCUGGAUGUUGACCUGCUAAAACUUUACGACGAAUGGAGUCUCAAGGACCCGGUUUUUAGGAAUAUCAAGGAACGUUUCAGUGGCAUUCGAAUGUUAAGGCAGGAUCCCUGGGAGAAUUUAAUAUCGUUCAUAUGUUCCUCCAAUAAUAACAUAUCGCGGAUAAGCAAAAUGGUUCAGAAUCUCUGCAAAGAAUUCUCGCCACCUAUUCUAGCUCUUACCGAUCCGGGGUCCACAACCCUGACCCAGUAUCAUCCAUUUCCCUCUCCAGCUGCUCUGGGGCAACCUGAAGUCACAUCUAAACUUCGAUCUCUUGGUUUUGGGUACCGUGCUGAGUUCAUUCAAAAGACGGCGCACAUGCUCGUUGAUAUCCAUGGUGAUGGUUCAGAAGAAUGGCUUCUGAAUCUACGUCAAUCCUCGACCGAACACGCUCGCAACGAGCUCUUGAAGUUCAUGGGAGUGGGCCGCAAAGUUGCAGACUGUAUACUACUAAUGAGUCUCGACAAGAAAGAAGUUAUACCCUGUGAUACCCAUGUUCACCAGAUCGCGGUGAAAUAUUAUGGGGUCAAAUCGUCUCCAGGGAGGUCAACUAUGUCUCCGAAGUUGUACCAAGAAAUCAACACGAGGCUAGUCAAUGUCUGGGGUCAAUACGCAGGUUGGGCUCAUUCAGUCCUCUUCACGUCUGAUUUGAAGUCGUUCUCUUCCUACGGCGUCUCCUCAACACCAUCACCCCAAACCUUACUCAAAAAACGCCCACGAAUUGUCCGGGAGAUUCAAACUUCGACGGUUCAUGAUUCUCCCUUUCCUUUAGAAGACGUAGCCCACCAAAGUCAGACUGAAAUAUUUGUUUCGUCGCAUACUGUUAGCGAAACUCAGUCGAGUGUAGCUGAGAGGGUUAAAAGGCGGCGACGUCAAUGA